CCAAAAAGAGGGGACAAAAAGUUCUGAUAAUUCUCAAUCUCCCACUAAAAAACCUUUAAAUCAGUUAAGCGACCAAGAAUUAGAAAAAUGUUUGUUGGAGGAUUUUAGCCGAAGGUUAGAGUUAGAAAAAUAUUUUGUAUUUAGUUUAGGAGAAUUAAAGACAAUGAAAGAGAACGAUACCGGAGCCACUAAUUCCCGCUUUGUUUCUCCUCUUUUGUCUACUCAUCUGACAGAAUUAACUGUUUCUUUGGAAGAAAAAACGACCAGAAAAUUAGAUCUAACUCACGGAAGAUUAACAAAAAAGUUUAUCCGAUUUUUAAAAACCAUUCAACAAAUAGACCCAGAAUGA